GGGGCGGCGCUGCCGCUGCUGCACCCGCGCACGGGCCGCCUGGUGACGGUGUCGCGGGGCGGGCGCAGCGCGGCCCGCUCGCAGCCGGGCCAGGAGUUCAACCACGGGCUGGUGCUCAGCCGCGAGCCGCUCGCCCCCGGCGCCGUCUUCACGGUGCGCAUCGAUCGCAAGGUUAAUUCCUGGAGCGGCUCCAUCGAGAUCGGGGUGACGGCCCUGGACCCGAACCACCUCGACUUCCCCAGCAGCGCCACCGGCCUCAAGGGGGGCUCCUGGAUCAUCUCGGGCUGCUCGGUGCUGCGGGACGGGCGCUCCAUCUUGGAGGAGUAUGGCCAAGACCUCGACCAGCUGGGCGAGGGCGACCGGGUGGGCAUCCAGCGCACGGCCAACGGAGAACUGCGCCUCUGGGUCAACGGGCAGGACUGUGGUGUCGCGGCCACGGGCAUCCCGCCCCGCGUCUGGGCUGUGGUGGACCUGUACGGCAAGUGCACCCAGAUCACGGUGGUGCCCGGCAGUCCGGAGGAGCCCGACGAGGCGGUGGCCCGCGAUGAAGCUCUGGCCCUGCCUUGCAACCAGAAUCGGCCGGAUAAAUUUCCCAACAGCCUGGAGUCGGAGAACGGCUUCUCCAGCAUGGAGCUCUCCGAGGUGGUGAGCAACGCCAUCCUGUCGGCCUACAACGGGAGCCUGCUGAACGUCAGCCUCGGCAGCCCCCCUGCGGACCCCGCCCCCUGUGGGGCGCCCCCCAUGACCUCCAACGACGCCCUCCUCUUCCACGAGAAGUGCGGCACGCUCAUCAAGCUGAGCAACAACAACAAGACGGCCGAGCGCAGGCGGCCGCUGGACGAGUUCAACAACGGCGUCGUCAUGACCAACCGCCCGCUGAGGGACAACGAGAUGUUUGAGAUCCGGAUUGACAAAUUGGUGGAUAAGUGGUCAGGAUCCAUAGAGAUUGGGGUCACCACGCACAACCCCAACAACCUGGAGUACCCAGCCACCAUGACCAACCUGCGCUCAGGAACCAUCAUGAUGAGCGGCUGCGGCAUCCUGACCAACGGCAAGGGGACGCGCCGGGAGUACUGCGAGUUCAGCCUGGACGAGCUGCAGGAAGGAGACCACAUCGGCCUGACCAGGAAGUCCAACAACGCCCUCCACUUUUACAUCAACGGCAUCGACCAAGGUGUGGCGACCACCCUCACCCCGCUGGUGGUCUACGGGGUGGUGGACCUCUACGGCAUGGCCGUGAAGGUCACCAUCGUGCACAACCACAACCACAGCGACCGCCUGCGGCGCAACAACGCCAUCAUGAGGGCCCUGUCGCCGGACGUGGGGCGCCGCGCCAUCGACGCCGCCGGGAACGAGCCGGAGCCGGAGCGCCUCCUCUUCCACCCCAACUGUGGGCAGAAGGCCGCCAUCAUCAACGAGGGACGGACGGCCCUGCGGCCCCAUGCCACCGACGACUUCAACCACGGCGUGGUCCUGAGCAACCGGCCGCUGCGCAACGGCGAGGUCUUCCAGGUGCGCAUCGACAAGAUGGUGGACAAGUGGGCCGGCUCCAUUGAGAUCGGGGUCACCACCCACAACCCCACCUACCUGCAGCUGCCUUCCACCAUGACCAACCUGCGCUCAGGCACCUGGAUGAUGACGGGCAACGGCGUGAUGCACAACGGAACCACCAUCCUGGACGAGUACGGCCACAACCUGGACCGCCUGAAGGCGGGUGACACGGUGGGGGUGGUGCGCAAGGAGGACGGGACGCUGCACUUCUUCGUGAACGGGGUGGCGCAGGGCCCGGCUGCGUGGAACGUCCCGCCGAACAUCCACGCCGUGGUGGACCUGUAUGGGCAGGCGGCCCAGGCAACCGUCGUGGACGACGCAGACCUGCUCCCGCUGCCAGACGACCUCUCGGAGGGCAACAACCAGCUGUCCCCCAGCAGCCCCUCCUCGGUGGCCUCGGGGAGCGACCUGCGCUUCCACCAGCUGCACGGCAGCAACGCCGUCAUCACCAACGGCGGGCGCACGGCCCUGCGCCAGAACUGCCGCAGCGAGUUCAACGACGCCAUCGUCAUCUCCAGCCGGCCACUCCGCGACGGGGAGCUCUUUGAGAUCGUGAUCCAGAAGAUGGUGGAUCGCUGGUCCGGUUCCAUCGAAGCAGGGGUCACGGCCAUCCGUCCCGAGGACCUGGAGUUCCCCAACACGAUGACGGACAUCGAUUACGACACGUGGAUGCUCAGCGGCACGGCCAUCAUGCAGGACGGCAACACGCUGCGCAACAACUACGGCUGCGACCUGGACUCGCUGACCACGGGCUCGCGCAUCGGCAUGAUGCGCACGGCCAAGGGCGACCUGCACUACUUCAUCAACGGCGUGGACCAGGGGGUGGCCUGCUCGGGGCUGCCGCCGGGAAAGGAGGUCUAUGCCGUGGUGGACCUGUACGGCCAGUGCGUCCAGGUGUCCAUCACCAGCGCCACGGGGCCGAUGGACAACAGCCUCUCCACCAGCAACAUCACGGAGAAGUCCUUCCCCAUCCACUCCCCAGUGCCCGGGGUGACCCACCGCUUCCACAGCAGCUGCGGCAAGAACGUGGCCUUCCAGGACGACGGGUGCCGGGCCACGCGGGUGGCCAGCUUCUGUCACGGCAUCGUCUUCAGCAUGAAGGAGCUGAAGACGGACGAGAUCUUUGAGGUGAAGAUCGAGGAGAUGGACGAGAAGUGGUCGGGGACCGUGCACAUCGGCCUGACCACGCUGCUGCCCCUGGACGCCCCCCACACGGUCGCGGGGCUGCCCCCCUCCGUGCUGGAGCUGCGCGCCAAGGUGACGUGGCUGGUGACGGGCUCCGAGGUGCACCGCAACGGCGUCCUCCAGCGGCAGAACUACGGCUGCUCCCUGGAGCGCCUCGGGGUGGGGAGCCGGGUGGGCGUGAGGCGGGGCGCCGAUGACACCAUGCACAUCCUGAUCGACGGCGAGGACAUGGGGCCGGCGGCGACGGGCGUGGCCAAGAACGUGUACGUGGUGCUGGACCUCUACGGCCGCGUGACCGCCGUCUCCAUCGUCAGCUCCACCGCGCUGGAAGAGGCCGACGGCACCAAGCCGCCCUCGAUCACCUCGGAGCCCUACAGCGAGGAGGAGGAGGAAGAGGAGGCCACGCCGUGCGAGAGCGACGUGCCGGCCGUGACCUCCGCGAUGGAGUUCCUGGAGAACCACGGCAAGAACAUCCUGCUCUCGAACGGCAACCUGACGGCCACCCGCGUCUCCAGCUACAACCAGGGCAUCGUGGUCGUGGCGCAGCCUCUGCCUCCGCAGCGGCUCUUCCAGUUCCAGAUAGAUUCCCUGAACCAGCAGUGGACCUCCUCGCUCUCGCUGGGGGUGAUCGGCAGCUCCCCCGAGCGGCUCAACUUCCCGGCCACGGCCUGCUCCCUCAAGCGCUCCACGUGGCUGCUGCAGCGGGACUCUGUCUUCCACAACUCCCUCAAGAUCUGUGAGAACUACGGCCCCAACCUGGACACCUGCCCGGAGGGGACGGUGCUGGGCCUCCUGGUGGACGCCGGCGGCUGCCUCCACCUCUUCGUCAACGGGAUGGACCAGGGCGCGGCCGCGCAGGACAUCCCGCAGCCCUGCCACAUCCUCAUCGACCUGUACGGGCAGUGCGAGCAGGUGUCCAUCGUGACCAACGGCACUCCGGCGGUGGGAGCAGAGGGCGCGGACCCCCAUGGCCAGGGAGACAUGGAGAAGGCCGACGUGGUGGAUGGGAUCAAGGAGAGCGUGUGCUGGACCCCCCCUGUGGACCUGAACACCAUGAAGACCUGCGAGUACCACGCGCUCUGCGCGCGCUUCAAAGACCUGCUCCUCCUGCCAGACAAUUACUUUGCGGAAGACCCCAAGUUCAGCCUCUGCUACUGCGAGUCGUGCCACAAGCUCCGGGGCGACGAGGCCUAUUACAAGCGCGGGGAGCCCCCCCGCGACUACGCCUUGCCGUUUGGAUGGUGCCGCUUCAACCUCAGGGUGAACCCGCAGCUGGAGGUGGCCAGCACGUCCAAGAAGUGGCACAUCGCCUAUCACGGGACGAACGUCGGGGCCGUGCGACGCACGUUGGACCAGGGAGAGCUGGUGCCAGCAGGAAGCGCAUCCAUCCUGAGCUGCUGCCCCGUCAAAGCAGACCCGCAGGGUGGCGGCGGCGGCGGCAGCGGAGGCGGCGGCGGCAGCGGAGAGUACCACGAGCCGGAGGAGAACAGCUCGCAGGGCCACGGGGAGUCCCAGCGGCUGCUCCUGUCGCCCACACUGCGCUAUGCCGGGCUGGAGCCCUUCGCCACCAAAGUGCAAUUCAAAGACCCAAAGUCUCACCGGCAGCACGCCGCCCAGCUCGCCUUCCAGGUGUGUGUGCGCCCCGGGUCCUACAAGGUGUGCGCCCAGUCCCUGGCGGCCCCCGAGCCCCUGGACCCCCGCUUCAGCAGUGCCGAAAUCGAGUGGGUCACCAAGGAGAAAGGUGCUACUGUCCUGCACGGCCUGCUCAUCCGCGUGGAGUGAGACCUCGUGGCCACCCUCCCGGGGAGGCGCCAGGGGCACCACGACGCCACAAGACGGUGGGGAAGGCGGCUCCUGCCGGAAAGACCCUCCUCCGCGACCCACCCUUCCACGCACAGACCGGGUGGCGCUCGCGAGCCCGAGAGGGUCGGCGGCUGCGACCAGCAGGCACGAGGGACUGGAAGGGACCGCCCAAGGCGGGGCGGGGGCGCGCCUCCCCCAGCGGCCCCCCGGGCGGCUUCCCUUUCCCUUCUUUUUUCUUUUGCACAGAGGCAAGACGAGCUAAAGGGGGAGGGUUCGGGCGUGCUGAGCGGAGCCGUGGUAUUUCAGAGCAUGGGGAGGGGACUUCGUCGCCGCAAAAGGACCUUGCUGAACUUUGGACUCGGGGGUCUUUCUGGAACACCCAGGGCCUCCUGUACUGACUCCACUGCCUGCAGUGAUGCCGUCGGGACUGGGGAGCGUGCGUUGGGGCGAGGGGGGGAACGGCCGGCGCGGCUCCCGUUUUUCACGGAAGGCAGGCUGCCCCGGCAGGGGUAGACUUUCCGGCACGCCGGCCGCUUGGAGCCGAAUUGGCCGGCUGUGGAGGGGCAGAGGGGCGGCCCCGCCAAGCUUCCUGGAGGGCCAGAUUUGGAUCAUUUCUACUUUUUGUGAGUGGGUGGAGUAUCUUGGUAUGUAUGGGUGUUUCUAGCCUGUCUGUGUCGGGGCCCGGUUCUUCGCGGAGGGUCCUUUUUUCACCUCCGCUCUGCCCCUUGCUCAGCCUUCAGGACCAGUCCUGUAGAGUCCCCACCAGGCCUUGGACAGUGGGGGGGGGGGGGAUGCUGUGUUGUGCUUGCGUGUGUUUAAUCCAUGCAGCCCCCUGGAAGACCCGAAGCAGGAGACGGGCGGACUCUCGGCCCCACAUCUCUGUACUCAAAGGAACUCAAAAGACGUCACUUUCUCCCAGCUGUGGUCACCCCUGCAGACCCUGCCCGCUCCGGCCCACCCAGGACAAGCCACUGCUGCAGCCCGCUUUUCAUGCGAUUACUUUUUCCCCGCCUCCUCCCCAUCCCUUAUUUAUUUAUACCUGUGUUGGUUGUCCAAAAAAUGUGAAUUUUUAAGGGGAACGGGGGUUUCGAACACCCCCUCUCCUCCCUUUGAUUAAUAUUAUAUUUUAAAUUGUAUUUAUGCUGCUUUUUCACUUUAUCUGUUGGAAAAUGACAUGCAUUAACUUUUUUACAUCUGUCUGAAGCCGAGUUCUGUUUUUGUUUUUUGGACAAAAGUUGUGAGGUUGUACAGCGCGUUCCCUCCCUCGCAGGGGUUGAUAAACCACCGUUCGACUGGC